AUGGCAGACUUGGCGGCAGUUUUGACAAUGUUUACAAUCAAAGGCCAAAGCUUUGGCUCUGCAGCUCUCCUUUUCUGUCUUUUACGCACAGAUAAAUUUUCUCCAGGAAGCACAACCUCUAUUCCUUCAUUUCUGGCCACCACAAAAAAACCACCCAAUUUGUCAAGCAACAACAACAACCCAUACUCACAAAUUAAAAGACUAGAGAGAAGAAUUGGUCACCUGGCUGAACUGCUGAACAAGUCUGGCGGUGGUCCGUGUUGCAAGAAAAUCUUGUUCCCAGUAAUGACAAUGCCUGCAUCUGCAAUUGGUUUUGAAGGUAUGAGACUGGAGUUUUCCCUGGAAAUUGAUGGUUCAGCAACUGGAUGUGCUACAGGUGACUGGGUGUUAUGUUUAUGCAAUAUAUCUUCAUCAGAUUCGUGUUCAUCUAUAGAUAUGGGUAAGGGUACAACAAGUACAGCCGUGAGAUAUACCCGUGGGAGUUUCAUUUUCCCCGGAGCUCAGUCAUAUCCUCAUCGUAGCUUCUCUGAAGAAGUUUCUAUCCUUGAUAGCUAUUUUAAAGAACUUUCCUCGUGCACCAAAGCUUAUGUUAUGGGUAGUUCUGACAAACAACAGAAAUGGCAUGUUUAUUCCGCCUGCACCAGAGGAGCUAAAUCUUUUAACCCGGUUUACACUCUAGAGAUGUGCAUGACUGGUUUGAACACAGAUAUGGCUUCUAUUUUCUACAAGAAGGAAUCAAGCUCAGCAGCUCUGAUGACCAAUAAAUCUGGUAUAAGGAAGAUCCUCCCGGCAUCUGAAAUAUGUGAUUUUGACUUUGAUCCAUGUGGUUACUCCAUGAAUUCCAUUGAAGGCGCUGCACUGUCUACCAUUCAUGUUACCCCCGAGGAUGGGUUUAGUUAUGCAAGCUUUGAAGCAGUCGGUUAUGAUUUCAAAGUUGUGAAUUUGGGCCAUCUGAUUGAGCGCGUUUUGGCAUGUUUUAAACCAAUGGAGUUUUCUGUUGCUCUGCAUGCUGAUUUUGGUUCAAAGUUAUUUGAGCACACUUACUGCAUCGAUGUGAAGGAUUACUCUCUAGAAGAGAAAAGCUACGAAGAACUGGGAAUUGUUGGUUCGAUUGUCUACCAGAAAUUUGUCAACACUGAAUUGUGUGGAUCUCCUAAGUCUAUUCUGAAAUGUCAGCGAGAUUGCGAAGAAGAAGACUAA